ACAUUUCAUUUUAAAAACAAAACAACUAGAAGAAGCACAACACGUGUAUAUCAUCGUUGGCUGGCAUUUUUGUUAAUUUUUCUCUUAAAAAUUUUAAAUAUUUUAUAAUAUAAUAUGUCUCUGUUAAGAAUCAGAAAACCCAAAACCCGCAAGGGUAAAAAAGUAUUAAUGGCCAGAGAGCCUCAACUAAUCGAGGGUCCACGCUCCAUGUUAUUUCUAGAUGGUCGUAAAUGCGGUGGCGAUGUAAAAGCUUGCAUGAAGGAUUUACAACAAUUAAAGAAACCUUUGAUUAAAGUUUUAAAUAGAAACAAUGAUAUCACACCCUUUGAUGAUCCAUCUUCCUUGGAAUUUUUAACACAAAAAAAUGACUGCGCUAUGUUUGCUUUUGGUUCCACCUCGAAAAAGAGGCCAAAUAACUUAAUAUUGGGACGUAUUUUUGAAAAUGAAAUCCUGGAUAUGGUGGAAUUAGGAAUUAAACAUUACCAAGCCAUGUCCGAGUUCAAAACUGACAAGAUUGGUACUUGUGUAAAACCUUGUUUAGUGUUUAACGGUCCCAAAUGGUCACAGACUGAAGAAUUAAGACGUUUAAGAAAUCUAUUGAUUGACACCUUCCAAAAAGAUAAAGUUGAAGCUAUACGCCUGCAGGGCAUUGAACACGUCAUGAGUUUUACUUGCAACGAAGACAUGACAAUUUUAAUGAGAUCCUAUAAAAUACAAUUGAAAAAAUCUGGUCAAAAAACACCACGUAUUGAAUUAAUUGAAAUUGGACCCUCGGCAGAUUUCUCCAUUAGACGUACUAAGAUCGCCUCAGAAGAUUUGUACAAACAGGCACGUAAACAGCCUAAAGAACUUAAAGUUACCAAAAAGAAGAACAUUACACACGAUAAUUUGGGUAAUACACAUGGUCGUGUGCACAUGGGUAAUCAAAAUCUGGGUAAGAUACAGACAAGACGUGUUAAGGGUCUAAAGAAAUCGUCCGAAGAAAAAAAAGCAGAUCGUCAAAAGAAAAAGGAAAUGCUUAAGGCUGCUGCCAAGGAAAUGUUAACAAAUAAUGAAUAGUUUUUUUUAAGCUUUUAGUACUAUGUACAAGAUUUUAUAUGAAUAAGUUAAUAACAAAUAAAAUACACAUUUUACUUUAAAGAAA